UGAGUUAAAAAAAAUGAAUGUUGUUGUGAUUGCUGUUUGGUUCAAGAAAAUAGAGACAAGAAGAGAAUGAGAUUGAGGAAUCAAAAAAACGGAAUUUUGAAUUUUACAACGUGGUGAGGUAUAAUAAAUCUCCUCUCCGCUUCGAUCUCCUUCUCUCAGAGCUCCUCUUCUCUUAGCUCUCUAUCCAAUUUUGCUCCAAUCUUGCGUGUUACCUUUUUGGUAAUUCUGAAUCUGUGCUGGAGCAUUUCCAACGAAUUUAUAUUAUAGGGUGCUUUGUUCAAGUCUCUAUGCUGUAUAAUUUGGGUAUUAUUUAAGAGUUUCCUUAAUCUCGAUCUGGGUUUUGUCUGAGAAAUCUCGGGAGAGAUUAUUAUUAGCUUGUUCGAUUGAUAGGAAUAGGAUAUGAGAUAGGUUGGGGUGAAGGGGAGGGUUUUAGAUGAUUUCGGUGAGCAGCAGCGAUGCUAGAAGCGAAUUAGGGUUAGGGUUUGCUGGAUUAGGUGAAGAUAUAAUGGAAGAUAGCGACUUUGAGGAAGAAAGCACACAUUCUUAUGUUUCUUGCGUUGACCCUGAUGUUGCUCUCUCUUAUAUUGAUGAGAAGCUCGAAAACGUGUUGGGACAUUUUCAGAAAGAUUUUGAAGGUGGAGUUUCUGCUGAAAAUUUGGGUGCAAAGUUUGGUGGCUAUGGUUCGUUUUUGUCUAUGUAUCAGAGAUCUCCUGUUUGUUCACGUCCUAAGACUCUACCAGAAGUUCAACAUAACCAAGUGGGGGGUCGAUCUAAUUGCUCAGCUUCAUCGGUUGUACCUCAAGUAUCAGUAUCCGGAUCCGCUUCAAAGGCUCCUGCUUCUGAUGUUUUGGUCAAAUUUAAAAAGUUCGUCAAUUCAAGUAGUAUAGGGACACCUGAUAGCAAACAAAUAUCUGACACAAAAACGUCUUGUUCUGCUUCAUCAAAUCAUAAGACUCUCAGACUUCGUAUCAAAGUUGGUUCAAGUGACCUCUCAUCACUGAAGAAUGUUUCAACCUUUAGUAAAGAAGGCCUCAAUAUGCCACCAUCAGGAUCAAGGGUGAAUUACCUCUCAGAAGUUGAAGAAGACUUACUGAAUGGGAUUUGCCAUUCGCCCACUAAAAUUCUUAUGGCUAUGGUGUCAUUCCCUUUGCAUAAAGAUCAGCUGUUAUCACCUCUCUCUGAUGAUCUUCUUCAGUUGGGAAAGAGAGAAAAGAUUACGAAAGAUGCUAGAUAUAGUUCUGUCAACAAGUCAGACUCAAAAACUACACAGGAUGUUAUGGGUGUUUCGGAUUCACAAAAGCGUGCUGGUAAGUUUUCUAUUGGGAAGAAGCAGAAAAAGGAGAGGGUAAAGUAUAUGCCACCGUCAAACAAGCUUGAUAGAAAUCAUAUUGUAUCCAAUACUGAAAAAGAGGCUGACAAAGAUUCCUGUGAGGAGCUUGUUUCCAAGACUAUGAAGCUUCCUCUUUUGUCCUGUCUGUCACCGUCAUAUAUCCACCCGGCAAAAGAGAUUGACAAAGUAUCAGAUUAUAAUCUGGAGGGUACAUCAAGAGGAACGAACAACAGUGACCAAGAUGCAUCGUUGAUGGAUUCAAAGCCUGAUCUAGAAGAUAAUAUAGUGGCAUUUUCAGAUCGAAGUGUUAAGGGAACUGAAAGUAUUAACGCAAGAGAAGACGUGUACCUGAAAAACGGUGAACCCCUAAACUCAUUGGAAAGUAAAUCCAAGCGGGAGAAAGUUCCAAGUAUUGAACAUGCAGAUUAUUCUUCUGUGGUUAAGGGUAGUCAGAGCGAGACAAGGAAUGAAUUAAAGUCAAAACUGCCUAAAGCACAGAAGUCACAAAAAAGUUCAAGCUCCAUCGUUGCCAUGAGUAGUUUGAGAGGCGAGGAUGCUGCUGUUAAUAUAAUUAAGAAGAAUGUACCAGAUAUAUUGCAGGAAGAUAUUGGAGGAUGCAAACACGUGAAUAAGGGACUCUCUGGUUAUUCUCAAGAAUCAAAAGAAGAAAAACAAAGUAGCCCAGUACCUAAAGCUGAGAAAGAAAAGCUUUCAGCAGAAAAUGCAUCGGAGGAGAAUUUCAACAGUGUUAAAAAUGAUGAAGAGGGAUCAGACCAUCUAAAUUUGCUAUGUGAACCAGAUUUGAAACACCAUAUUAAGUUGCGUGACUUGAAUGAAGACAGACACAACACUAAGCAGAGUGUUAGACAGGAAGGGAAAAAUAAGCAUUCUGUUGAAGGAGGAAUGGAAAAUAUGGGAAUGGAAUCUGAAAAGGAACUUUCUGGGACUUCCAAGAAACCGAAGACUAGAAGAUCACGAUUUUCCGCUGUUGAUCAACCUGAAUCCAAGAAUUCCAACAAAACUGUGGACGUUUUAGCUAAUAACAAUAUUACGAUUGCUCAAGCCUCAGCUGAAAGUAUCAAGGAUAUUGCUAAGGCUUCCUCGCAUGGUGAACGUGAUGACAGAAAGAGGAAACUGAAGGAAACUAAAGAAAGUGGAGAAUGUAUGAGAAUUAGAGAAGCUACAGUAAUGGUGUCAAGUGGUGAGAACGUUAGAAAGAAAAAGAGGCUAAAGGGUUCAAGUUGUGAUGAAAAGGAGUUGCCUUUUAGUAGUGAAAGUUGUGAUAAGGACAGAAGAGUUAGUCAGGAAAAUGGGAGAGAUAGUGCUUCCCAUCUACCUUUUACAACGUCCUCUCCGAGUUUAUAUAAGGAUUUGGGCUCCGAAAUUAUCAAAAAUAGUGUCCACGAAGCCAAAGGUUCACUAGUUGAAUCAGUUGCCUCUUCAGCCUUGAGGGUGUUAGACUCACGUGAGCUUAAAUCAGGAAGAAUUUCAGAAAGUGAUAAAUACCAUGAUACUGACUGUAAUGCUGGUGAUACGUUAAAAAGAUGCCGAGAUGGUGAAGCUUAUAGCACUAUCGAUAAACAAGGGACAACAAAGAUAAAUUCCAAAGAUAGAGAGAGAGCAUACGGUGGGAAUUGUUCUAUUGAAAACUUUAAACCAAAGAAGUCAGGGAGAAUUUCUGGUGAAAAUUGCAUACAGGGUAACUCUCAGCAAAAGAGUAGGGAAGAGGGCUCAUCUACACCUUGGAAAGAUAAUAAAUGGGGUACGGUGAAUGAAGUGCGAGAUCUUGGCACUGCUGUUAAAAUAAAAACAAAAGAAAGCAGGAGCAAGAAAAGACCUGCUAAAGAGGUGUCUAUGGAAAGUAACAAAGAAGACUCAAGGGAAUGUCAAGAUCCUAAUACUAAGCUAGAUAGAAGUGGUAGUCUUUUUCCUUCUCCACAGAAACCUGAUACAGCAAAAAUUUCUCGUGGGAAAAGCAACCACUUGGAAGUGACCACUGAGAAAUUAGAGAAUAAAUCAGCUUCAUCAGCUGGCACAGAUCAAGUUGAAGUCUUGGGUCACGGUAGUGAGAUAUCAAAUACAAAGAAACAGAUACUGCGAAAUGAUAAUCACAGUGUGACCCACAAUGAAGGUUCGCGAAACCAAAAGCAAAAUGGAAGUAGGCAUAAGGAUCAUGUUGGCUUAAGCCCUUUGAAAAAAGAAUCCACAAGUCAAGCUGUGUCCAACUCAAUCAAAGAGGCUACAGACUUGAAACACAUGGCUGAUCGUCUUAAGAGUGCUGGGUCCAAUCACGAGAGCACAGGUGUUUACUUUCAGGCAGCGCUUAAGUUUCUUCAUGGUGCCUCCCUUUUGGAGUCUUCCGGCACUGCCAGAUCCAGGGAUAUUUAUGGCAGCACAGCAAAACUAUGCGCGUUCUGUGCUCAUGAAUACGAGAAAAAUAAAGAUAUGGGGGCAGCUGCUCUGGCUUAUAAAUGUAUGGAAGUAGCUUAUUUAAGGAUAACUUAUGCUUCCCAUGGUAACAUAGGCAGAUGCAGAUAUGAGUUGCAAGCAGCUUUGCAAGUGAUUCCUUCAGGCGAGUCUCCGUCCUUUGCUUCUGAUGGUGAAAAUUCAAACCAUACAUUGGCAGCAGAAAAGGUUGCUUUGUCGAACACUGUGAGAUCAUCUCCUAGCGUAACUGGAAAUCAUGUUAUCUCUUCAGGAAACAAUUCCUCAUUGUCACAGCUUUUGGCAUUUUCGCAACAUGUAAACGCUGCUAUGGAUGCCUCGAGAAAAGCGCAGAUCGCAUUUGCAGCUGCCAAGGGAAAGUCCAAACACAGUAAUGAUGAUGGUAUAACAUCCAUCAAAAGGGCUCUUGACUUCAAUUUUCAGGACAUGGAGAAACUGUUGCAUGUGGUGAGGCUUGCGAUGGAAUCCAUAAACCGGUGAUUAUGGAAUUAUACAAUCUCAGUUUUUCAAUACUCCCACACAUGCCAUUCUCAGGGAGAAAGAAAGGAAAGCGACCUUGGAAGAUACAAAGGCCUAUAGAUAAACAUGUUUGUUCUCUUCACUGCUCAAGUGUAUAGUGGUUAGGACCUUGAUUUGUGAGACUUGCUCAAAGACUAAGAGAGAUUAAGUAUGGCGACACAAUAUUUUCUAGAAAACGAAGGUAAAGAGAAAUUUGUUC